AAGACACAUUGUUCAUGAACCAAACAAAUCAUGUACCAUCUUCCCACUUCUUGUCUAGUCAUAUUCUUCCUCCUCUCACUAUUUCACCUUCUUCCUUGUGAUUCAAGUAAUCAAGGACUUGGCUUUUGUGAGACAUUGUUUCAGUGUGGGAACAUCACCGCUGGUUUUCCCUUCUCGGGAGGGAAUCGUCACAAAGAUUGCGGUCAUCCAUCGCUGGAGCUUCAUUGCAACAAAAACAACAUCACCUCUCUAUUCAUCUCAAACCAAAAGUACUCAGUUCUCGGUAUAGAUCAAACAUCUAACACUCUUACACUUACCAAACAAGACCUUCUCGGUUCUUUUUGCUCCUCUGUAUUCACCAACACAACCUUGCCUCCCGAAACUUUCGAGCUUUCACCUACCUACAAGAGCGUCACUAUAUUCUACCAAUGCUCCUCUUUGCUUCCUAACCUUUCUAGCUAUUCAUGUCCUGAGAUAGGUCCCAUCGCAGUGUCUGAAAACCCUGAAAAACAUCCUGAGAGCUGCCGUUCCAGUUUCACCGUGAAGGUUCCUACGAGUUUCGAUACAAAAGAGAAAGAGUUGAAUGUGACCAAUUUGGAAAGUGUUUUAAGAAAAGGAUUUGAGGUGAAGGUGGUGAUCAAUGAGAAUACAUGUCAGGAAUGUUUAUCCUCUCUUGGAAAAUGUCAUGGCUUCAACGAAAACUUAACACCUGCAGGAGUUAAAUGUCGUCCACCAAGUGAUUCUGAGGGUUCUUGUGGAUAUAAUCAGACCACAAGUACGUUCGUCUGCUAUUGUAAAGACCCGUAUAGCCUAUCAUGCAGUUCUGGCAGUGGUAUAGUGAUCUUGAUUCUCAUAGGUGCUAUUGUUUCCGUGGUGUUUAUUUGCCGAGGUUAUGAUGUAGCACAUCUCUAUCAACGUUUUAGUCGUUGAACACUUGGAGUCGGUGUUGUUUUCGUGUUCCACAAGUUUCGUAAUUUUCUUUUAAUUCCGAAUUGUUGUAUUUCUUUGUUUGAGAUAAGCUCGAAGCCUUAUUACGAUAAGUCUAGGUUUAGAGUUUAUCUCGUUGCUUAGGUCUUUAAAUAGAGUCCCGUCGAGUCGUUGUAUCAAUAUCAUAAAAGGACUAUGGGAGU